UCGACCAAUUACACGGCAUGGCUGGGCGAUCGAAGCACGGAUGCGCCACGUUCUUGAUGGGCCUGAGCCUCCUCUGCGGCCUCAUUGCGCUCCUUACCACCUACUGGGUCACCGUUGACUUUUCUUCGGGCUCGAACAAGUUUUACGGCCGCGCAGGCCUUGCCUACAAGUGCUUCCGCCAGGAGGACGAUGCGGGCGUCUCGGCUCGCCAGUGCAACGCGCUGCUGAAGAACUCGCAGACCGACAAGCGCAAGUUCCGCGCAGGCGAGGUGACAUACUACACGCUGGUGGCAUCGCUCGGUGUGGGCGUGCUUGCGCUGGCGCAUCUGGCGUUUGUGGAAGCCGGCCCGCUGCCGCCCAAGUCGAUGGCUGGCGCCGGAUUCUCGCUGGUUCUCCUCCACGCCAUUGGCAUGCUCCUGGGCUGGAUUCUCUACGCCGCGCUCCUCUUUGAUACGGCCGAGUACGAGAAGUCGCCAUCGCCGUACAGCGGUGGCAACACCAAGAAGAUGGCGCCGUCGUGGUCGUUCUACCUCUGCGUGGCGAGUUCGUUCCUUGCCCUUCUCGCCACAGUCCUCGUCUUCCUCUUCAUCGGCUCGUUUGGCGCCGGCGAGACCAUCGCCCCGUCGCCCAAGUCGGAUGCCGAAGCCGGCUCGUCCAACGAUGAUGACUCGGAGCCCGGCGAGGAGUCGUCGGAUCUCGAGUAAGCACCAAACGAGGACCAAUGCUGAUUGAGCCUAACAUAACAGUCGCGCCCCGGUUGC